AUGCCGCCCGAUUACGUCGUUGUAUCCGCUCCUGGAACCUCACCCGCAGCAACAGGAGCAGGGGGGACGAAGCCCAACGAGCCCCUCGGCUCGAUCGAGGCGCACCGCCAGCGCGAGAGCAAGUGGAUGGCGGCGCUGGCGGGCGUGUCGCCCGCGCAGGCGCGCAAGAGCAAGAAGGUGCGCAAGCUGCUGGUGGAGGGCGUGCCGUCGUCGGUGCGCUACCGCGUGUGGUGCCACCUGACGGACUGCAAGGCGCGCGCGCUGCCGGGCGUGUACGCGGCGCUGGGGAAGCGCGCGCAUGUGCCUGUGUUUGGGGAGAUCGUGGAGGACGCGGAGGGGUGUUUCCCCGAGCAGGCGCAGCUGCAUGGUGCGAAGGGGCCGUUGGUGUCGCUGUUGCAGGCGUAUUUGACGAUGGUGCCGGAUAUUCAGUACAGUCCUGGGUUGAGCUUUAUUGCGGGGCAUCUGUUGCUUUUGGCGCCUGAGGAAGACGCGUUUUGGAUCUUUGUUUCGACUAUGGACGCUCAUCUACGCCCGUAUUUCUCGACGAAUACGAUUCAGAUGGAGGUGGACGCUGCUUUGUUCAGCAAGGCUCUGGAGAGUGGCGAUGGAGCCGUUGGGAAGAAACUGUUGAUCAACCUCAGCAUCCCGCCGGCCAACUUGUGCCGCUCUUGGUUCUCAGGACUCUUCGUCGGGACACUUUCGGUCGAGUUCCUCCACAGAGUCUGGGACGUCUUCCUAUUCGAAGGCGUCCCGUUCCUGUUCCGCGUCGGACUUGCCCUCAUCCAAUGCACGCGCCACCUUCUCCUUCAGGCGACAUCGGAAGAGGCAGUUAUCCAGACGCUCAGACACCCGCCAUCAUCGUGUCUGCCCUCUACAGCCGACGGGUUCCUCGCACUGGCGCUGGCGAUGAAGCUCAAGGACGACGAGGUGCGGAAGCAGCGCGUCAAGAUGGAGGCGCAAGUGAAACGCCAGACGCAGCUCCGCCCUUCGCAGAGCCACGGCACCGGCAGCGUGCAGACGUCCAAGAUCUCCCUUCCUGCCCUUCCCCAAAAUUAA